UGAGGGCGUGAGAGGCCUCUCUGGAAGUUGUCCCGGGUGUUCGCCGCUGGAGCUCCGGGUCGAGAGGACGAGGUGCCGCUGCCGCCGGCCCCCGGAGCCCAGCCCUUUCUUAGUCCGGUCCAGUCCCAGCCGCCACCUCCUGACCCACCGCGGACCCCACCGAUACCAUGAAUCCUGCAGUCUUCCUGUCUUUACCCGACCUCAGAUGCUCCUUGCUGCUUCUGGUAACUUCGAUUUUUACACCUAUUACAGCUGAAAUAACAAGUCUUGAUUCAGAGAAUAUAGAUGAAAUUUUAAAUAAUGCUGAUGUUGCUUUAGUAAAUUUUUAUGCUGACUGGUGUCGUUUCAGCCAGAUGUUGCAUCCAAUUUUUGAGGAAGCAUCUGAUGUCAUUAAGGAAGAAUAUCCAGAUAAAAAUCAAGUAGUGUUUGCCAGAGUUGAUUGUGAUCAGCACUCUGAUAUAGCCCAGAGGUACAGGAUAAACAAAUACCCAACGCUCAAAUUAUUUCGCAAUGGAAUGAUGAUGAAGAGAGAAUACAGGGGCCAGCGAUCAGUGAAAGCGCUCGCAGACUACAUCAGGCAACAGAAAAGUAAUCCAGUUCACGAGAUUCAAAGUAUAGAUGAAGUUACCACUCUUGAUCGCAGUAAGAGAAAUAUCAUUGGAUACUUUGAGCAGAAGGAUUCAGAUAAUUACAGAGUUUUUGAAAGAGUAGCAAGUAUUUUGCAUGAUGACUGUGCCUUCCUUUCUGCUUUUGGAGAUGUUUCAAAACCAGAAAGGUACAGUGGAGACAAUUUAAUCUACAAACCACCAGGGCGUUCUGCGCCAGACAUGGUGUACUUAGGAUCUAUGACAAAUUUUGAUGUAACUUACAACUGGAUUCAAGACAAAUGUGUCCCUCUUGUUCGAGAAAUAACAUUUGAAAAUGGAGAGGAAUUGACAGAAGAAGGACUGCCUUUUCUCAUACUCUUCCACAUGAAAGACGAUACAGAAAGUUUAGAAAUAUUCCAGAAUGAAGUAGCUCGGCAAUUAAUAAGUGAAAAAGGUACAAUAAAUUUCUUACAUGCAGAUUGUGACAAAUUUAGACAUCCUCUUCUGCAUAUCCAGAAAACUCCAGCAGAUUGCCCUGUCAUAGCUAUUGACAGUUUCAGACAUAUGUAUGUUUUUGGAGACUUUAAAGAUGUAUUAAUUCCUGGAAAACUGAAACAGUUUGUAAUUGACCUACAUUCUGGCAAACUGCACAGAGAAUUCCACCAUGGACCUGACCCAACUGACACAGCCCCAGGAGAGCAAGACCAGGAUGUUGCAAGCAGUCCUCCAGAGAGCUCCUUCCAGAAGCUGGCGCCCAGCGAGUAUAGGUACACUUUACUGAGGGACCGGGAUGAGCUGUAGAACUCCAGCCCCGCAGGCCUUUCGACAGCAGCGUUGGCUGAUGUGGUGGAAAUAGUAAACCUAUAUUUUCAUAAUUCUAUGUGUAUUUUUAUUUUGAAUAAACUGAAAGAAGUUUUGGGUUUUUAA